AUGCUUCAUUUAUCGCAAAAUAGUAUUGGUGCAUAGGGUGCAAAAGAUUUAGCCACAGGAAUAGCGUAGUGCAAGAAUAUCACAAAUUUGAUGCUUGAUUUAUAGGGAAAUAGUAUUGGUGCAUAGGGUGCAAAAUAUUUAGCCACAGGAAUAUCAUUGUGCAAGAAUAUAACAAAUUUGACGCUUGAUUUAUAGGGAAAUAGUAUUGGUGAUGUGGGUGCAAAACAUUUAUCCACAGUAAUAGAGUAGUGCAAGAAUAUCACAAGUUUGACUCUUGAUUUAUGGGAUAAUAGUAUUGGUGAUAAGGGUGUAAAAGAUUUAGCCACAGGAAUAGCGUAGUGUGAGAAUAUCACAAGUUUGAAGCUUGAUUUAUCGUUUAAUAGUAUUGGUGCAUAGGGUGCAAAAGAUUUAGCCACAGGAAUAGCGUAGUGCAAGAAUAUCACAAAUUUGAUGCUUGAUUUAUAGGGAAAUAGUAUUGGUGAUGAGGGUGCAAAAGAUUUAGCAUUAGGAAUAGAGUAGUGCAAGAAUAUCACAAGUUUGACGCUUGAUUUAUGGCGAAAUAGUAUUGGUGAUCAGGGUUCAAAAGAUUUAGCCACAGGAAUAGAAUAGUGCAAGAAUAUCACAUGUUUGACCCUUUAUUUAUAGCGAAAUAGUAUUUAUGCAUAUGGUGUAAAAUUUUUAGCCACAGCAAUAGCAUAGUGCAAGAAUAUCACAAGUUUGACGCUUCAUUUAUCGCGAAAUAGUAUUGGUGAUCAGGGUGCAAAAUAUUUAGACACAGGAAUAGAGUAGUGCAAGAAUAUCACAAGUUUGAUGCUUGAUUUAUCGGAUAAUAGUAUUGAUGCAUAGGGUGCAAAAGAUUUAGCCAAAGGAAUAUCGUAGUGCAAGAAUAUCACAAAUUUGAUGCUUGAUUUAUAGCAAAAUAGUAUUGGUGAUGAGGGUGCAAAAGAUUUAGCCACAGGAAUAGCGUAGAGCAAGAAUAUCACAUGUUUGACACUUGAUUUAUGGCGAAAUAGUAUUGGUGAUCAGGGUUCAAAAUAUUUAGCCACAGGAAUAGAAUAGUGCAAGAAUAUCACAAGUUUGACCCUUCAUUUAUAGGGAAACAGUAUUGGUGAUGAGGGUGCAAAAGAUUUAGCCACAGGAAUAGCGUAGUGCAAGAAUAUCACAAAUUUGACUCUUGAUUUAUCGGGAAAUAGUAUUGGUGCAUAGGGUGCAAAGGAUUUAGCCACAGGAAUAUCGUAGCGCAAGAAUAUCACAAGUUUGACGCUUCAUUUAUAGCGAAAUAGUAUUGGUGAUGAGGGUGCAAAAGAUUUAGCCACAACAAUAGUGUAGUGCAAGAAUAUCACAAGUUUGACGCUUGAUUUAUUGUUAAAUAAUAUUGAUGCAUAAAAUAUAAAAAAUUUAAGGACAGCAAUAGCAUUGUGCGAGAAUAUCACAAGUUUGAAGCUUCAUUUAUGAAAAAAUCGGACAUUUCAAUCGAAACUAUAAGAAUUAGAAUUAUAAUUAAAAGAUUAAUUAAAAAAAUAAGUAAUUUAAAUUUACAUUUUGCAUUUCCUGGUUUUAAAAUUCUACUGAUUAGAUA